CUCACUGUCGACGGUGUAUCGGGCGACCUGACCAUCGAUUCUUCGUCUGGUCUCAUCGAUGGCAGCGCGCUUCUCCCUGUUGGGUGAGCGACGGGAGCGCCGCGGAAACUCAGUAGAUUUACCUGUGGAAGAACUAAACCGCCAACUUGGUACAGAACCCCAUGUCGAGCCGAUCCACUUGUUCUUUGGCCCUCGUACCGAGUGCGACACGAUCGACGACAAACCUGUGCUCCACGCGGAGCGCAAGAUUCAUAAGACGCGGGCCGCGGUGUGGAUGGAGUCAGAACCGAAAGAAGAAGAUCCUCCACAGGAAGGAACAGUCGCGUCCGCGGCGCCAUUUGUGCGUCGGGGCUCGUUCAACUCUCGUGUCCAGGCCGUUGGCAAGUAUUGGGGUGCCAAGGUGCUCCAGGCUGUGGGGAAGGGCAAGGAUCAGGUCCCCGUGCACCCUGACUCGUUCUGCGAUGGCUGCGGGAUGGAUCCCAUCGUCGGGUCUAUGUUCACCUGUUCGAGUUGCGCCAACUACCACCUGUGCUCGACGUGUUACCGCAAUGGCAUCCAUGGCUUUGAAACGUCCAAGCUCUUGCAAAAGGUCAAGAACGACUACCAGGUCGAAACCAUGCUUGAGUUGUGCAAGCACCGCGUACCCGAGGAAGUUUUUUCCGAGCUCAUGGAAAACGUGUGCCGUGGUCAAGUCGACAAAUUCAAGUUCCUCGCGAAUUGGAUCUGCGGCGUCGUGAACGGCCACACGCUCGGCCAACUCGCCGUGCGCGGCAUUGAGAUUCCGCACGUGCACCCUUCGACACGGUCGCGCUUUGUCUCGCUCUUGAUGCCUGCGCUGACGGAACGCCAGGACAUGGAAGUCUCGAUGGAGUGGUUUGUGCCGCCGAACGAGCCCGACCGCCAGACACUUCGCAUCUGGGUGUGCACAGACAAAGAAACCAAGUCGCCGUUUGCCCCAAAGAAACCCCCUGGCGCCCCUGUGAGCCCGAUCAUCAUCACGCCGACCGCCGCCGCUGCCGCUGCGAGUCUCCUCGCGCUUGAUGAUCCUUCGGAAGGCAGCAUGUACUCGCCACCACCCAUGUCUUCAGCCGCGUCGACGCCGCCUCAUUCCCCCGUGGCAAUUCCAGUGUCGCCUCCUACGAAACGCAAUCUCUCUCCGUCUGUGCACGUCGAGGCAUCGCCAAACAUGAGUCGGCACUCGACGGCAUCCAAUGCAACGUCUACACCAAAGAGCCCUGGCGCCCCAAAGUAUGAAAUCCGUCACUCGGAGAGCAUGGACGGACCGUGCACGCCGCGAUUCUCGGAACAAGACGAUGACGAAAACGUUGUCGAAGCGCUCGAUGUCGAGCUCCAGUUCAAAGAGGAAGAGAUGAAGCCACUGUCCCCACUACUCGUCGUGAAGGCAAUCACGACUGUCGACGAUCGCGCUGUCCACACCCCGCAUCCGAAUGAAUUGCAUGAUAGCUUUUAAUACGACAACCCCCUCGCAUCAACAUGCGAUAGUUUUGAACUCGGCGGCUUCAUCUCGGCCGCAUCCCAGGC